UGGUUUCUCGAUCUUUCAUUUCUACUUUGAAUCGAUCCUUUCUAGGAAGUUUCUCCAAUUUCAGGUUUUCAGCGACACGAAUCGAUUCAUUUCGUGUACUAAAUCACCAGGUGACAGCGAAUUUGUCUUCCCAGAGACGGAAUGCAAAGCCAAAGCGACUACUUAAAUUAGCAAAAUUUCUUACACAACAAUACUGACAACUUUGAUUUCAAGCCCAACGGUGUGUUUUUGGAGAAAUUCAUUUUUUUUUUUAAAAGAUCAGCUUUAACUUUUUCAUUGUCCAAAAUUUAUUUCCAUCGAGACUCAUUUUCUAAAGGGUUUCCCAACAUUGUAACAUCAUUGAACUAGUAGUAUAAUAAUUAAAUAUAGGAGUAAUCUUCAUUUUUGAUUAGGCAUAGUUCUAUUUUUAGAUCUAACUAGUUUUGGAAUAUAUUUUUUCUUUAGCUUUGAAGAAUAAUUGAUUAGCAAGCUAAAAUGGAAGAGUGGUUUCUACUAUACUGAGAAAUUUGAAAUCAGUGAGUGUAUUGACCCGAUGCCCUGAGAUUGAACUUUUGCAAGGCAGAUAAUCCCUUUUAUCUUUGUUAAAGGUAAAGGAGUGAUUAUUUUCUGUGCCCUUCAAUUAACAGUUAAGUACUUCAAUUAAUGUUCAACUAAAUUUGAUCAUGAGUUGGAUCCAUAGGAGAGAUGGGGACAUUUCCAUAGCACACCAACUGGAAAAGAUUCGUGUUCCUUUUGACUUUUAUUGGUUUUUCUGUUAUUCUUUGCAUAAUACUACAUUCUUAGACCCUGUUUCAUCUUCUCUCAGGUAUGUACAGACCUGAUUUGUCUUCUUCUCAAGAUAGAUGAUCUGUCACGGUUAAAAACAUACUUGAGAAGCACAGGACAGUUUGCAAUUUUUGCUAAUUAUAUUGAUUAAGAGACUGCUAAUACAGGAUUGCUGUUUUGAAAGUAUCCAAUACUCCAAAUAUGGCCAAGUGAUGGACCUCUUGUUAUCACAAAUACAGGGGCAACUCUGAGUUCCUUCCACUUCAGUUAUGGCUAAAUGGACGGGCAUGGGAAAUUAAGAGAUUUAAUUUUUCCUUAGGAAUGACUCUUUAUUUUGAAUGUGAACUUUUUUACUUUGCAGGUAGAAUGUAGGGAGAUUAAUAAAUGUAUUUAGAAUGCAAUUUUGAAUGAGAUACUUGGCUGAUAUGAGAUUAAUGAAUAUUUGUUUAUCUU